AUGAAGACACAGUUGUGGGCUGUGUGUCUGCACAUCUUAUGUCUGUACGGUGGGUUAAAAAGUGGAGUGAAUGGACAGAAGGACUUCAUGCUUCUUGCAGGGCCUCUGACAGUAGAGGAUGUCAGCAGUGAAAGAGAUGAUCCGUUUGACUGCAGUCGUCCCAUACCUCCUGGUUCUAAGCAGUACUUUGAGUACCUCCAGAGCAGAGGGGUUACCCACUUCAAAGUGCCAUUGUCAUGGACUCAGCUCCUUCCAACAGGACUCCCCAGCCAGCCUCAGCAGGCUGUGGUAAAGUGUUACCAGACCCUCCUACAGCAGCUGCUGGAGGUAGGACUGCAGCCUCUGGUCAUCCUUCAUGGAUCAACUGUCCCAGAGUCUCUGAGAUCCAGGUAUGGAGGCUGGGAGAGCCAGAGGCUGGCAGAGAUGUUCCAGCUUUAUGCUGAGUUUGCGUUCAAGGAGUUUGCAGCACUGGCACACUCAUGGGUAACACUAAGUGAUUUGGAUGAAGUUUGGCAUGAUGGGCAGGCUGCAGAUGCUUCCAGUCUUCUCAAAAAUAUCCUGCAGCUCAACAAGAAUAUUCACCAGCUUUACCAUCAACACUUUCCUGGCAGAGAUUUCAAUGAGGUGACAGAGCUCAGGAGUAGUUAUGAGAAGGUUUGGCUCAAAUUUGGGGCCCAAACCACAGAAGAACGAGAUGCCUUUCUGACUAAAUCAUUCCCUUCUGGCUUCCAAUGGGCCACCUCUACAGAGUCUUUUAAGGUUGAGGGCGGUUGGUUAGAAGGCGGGAAAGGAGAAACCAUUUGGGACCGCUUUGGACAUGAUGGGCUAGCAUUUUCUAAUCAGACAGCUGACCUAGCUUGUGAUAGUUACAACAAGGUGGUUUACGAUCUUUACCUCCUACGAGGUCUUCAAGUCAAAACCUACCAGUUUUCCAUCUCUUGGGCUCGUAUUUUCCCCUCUGGCCACAAAAGCAGCCAAUCAGAGAAAGGGGCUCUCUACUAUGACAACCUGAUCAAUGCUCUCAAAGAGUACGGCAUUGAACCCGUUGCCACUCUCUACCACUGGGAUCUGCCUCAGGUGCUUCAAGACUCAGGCGGAUGGAACAACACUUCCAUUGUUGAAGCUUUCAAGGACUAUGCAGACUUCUGCUUCUCCAGGUUUGGAGACAGGGUCAAGACCUGGAACACAUUCAGCAGCCCCUGGGUGGUGAGCCAUGCUGGGUAUGGCACUGGUGAGCAUCCACCUGGAGUAAAGGACUAUGUGGUUUCUUCAUAUCAGGUCACUCAUAAUGUGCUCAAAUCCCAUGCCGAAGCUUGGCAUAUCUAUAAUGACAAGUACCGACAGACACAGGGAGGCAAAGUGGGCAUUGCACUGAACUCUGAUUGGGCUGAGCCCCUGAACCCCACCAAACCUGAAGAUGUAGCAGCUGCAGAUCGAUACCUGCAGUUCAUGCUGGGCUGGUUUGCACAUCCUAUAUUUGUAGAUGGAGAUUAUCCCGCAGCACUCAAAACUCAGAUUGAAAAGAAAAGAAAUGAAUGUCCACACUCUGUGCCAGCUAUACUACCAGCUUUUACUCCAGAAGAGAGCAAGAGGAUACUUGGAACUGCUGACUUUUUUGGCUUGAACCAUUACACCUCCCGUUUGGUUAAUAGCAGUGAAGGUGGAUGCAACUCUGGUCCUGAGGGAGUAGGAGACUUCCAGCCACAUGUGGACCCCACAUGGCCUUCCACAGCCUCUGAGUGGAUCUAUUCUGUACCAUCGGGACUUCGCAGGCUCCUUAACUACAUUUCAACAGAAUACUUGAAAGUUAAAAAAGUGCCUAUCUACAUAACUGGGAAUGGGAUGCCAACAGAGGACAGUGGAGACAGCUUCAACGACACCAGCAGAGUGGAGUACAUGAGGAGUUACAUCGAUGAAACCCUGAAAGCAAUAUCCUUGGAUGGAGUGGAUAUGCAGCGAUUCACAGUGCAGUCCCUCAUGGACGGAUUUGAAGGAAAACAGGGCUACAGCCAAAGAUUUGGGCUUCACUACGUUAACUUUGAAGAUGCAGGCAGGCCAAGAACCCCAAAGCAAUCUGCAUAUUUCUUCUCUCAAGUUAUCAAGCAAAAUGGCUUUGGAUCACGCAAGCUUGAUGGUUUUAAGAAGCCACAAGUACCAUUUUCUCGUCGUUUUAUCACUCUAUCAUCCUCAGAGGUUCCAUCUAAAUCAAAAGUCAUCUGGGAGAAAUUCUCCAAGCAGCCAAAAUUCCAGAGACAAAUGUAUCACUAUGGUACUUUCCCACAAGACUUCAGCUGGGGAGUUUCAUCUUCAGCUUACCAAAUUGAAGGAGGCUGGAAUGCUGAUGGGAAGGGACCAAGUGUCUGGGAUGAAUUCACUCAGAAACCUGGCAAUAUCCCUGAGAAUGCUAAUGGGAAUAUAGCCUGUGACAGUUAUAAUAGACUUGAGGAAGACCUCUACAUGCUUCGAGCUCUGAGAGUAAAGUCAUACAGAUUCUCUUUGUCCUGGUCCAGGAUCUUCCCUGAUGGUAGGCGUGCCUCCCUUAACCAGAAAGGUGUUGACUAUUACAAUAAACUAAUUGAUGGCCUCUUGGCACAUGAUAUCACCCCCAUGGUGACCCUUUAUCACUGGGACCUUCCUCAAGCUUUGCAAACCAUUGGUGGCUGGGAAAAUGUAGAGAUGAUUGACAUUUUCAAUGACUUUUGUGACUUCUGUUUUGCCACCUUUGGCAACAGAGUGAAAUUCUGGAUGACCUUCAACCAGCCUCAAACAAUUGCAUGGUUAGGAUAUGGACUUGGACAGAUCCCACCAAAUGUUAAGAACCCAGGAACUGCACCAUACACUGUUGCACACAACCUAAUUAAAGCUCACGCCCAGGCCUACCAUACCUAUGAUGACAAGUAUCGCAAAUCCCAAGGUGGUCUAGUAUCCAUUGCUCUCAAUUCUGAUUGGGUUGAGCCUAAAGAUGUCGAUGUUCCCCGUGAAGUAGUGGCUGCCGACCGUGCAAUGCAGUUCCAACUUGGUUGGUUUGCACACCCAAUUUUCAAGAAUGGUGACUAUCCUGAAGCAAUGAAACAGCAAGUUGGGACCAAAAGUGAACUCCAAGGACUUUCAGAGUCAAGACUCCCUUCUUUCACUGAAGAGGAGAAGAAAUUCAUCAAGGGAACCGCUGACAUGUUCUGCAUAAAUCACUAUACCACAAAGAUAGUUAGCCAUAUUACAGGCCUGCUUUCUCCCCAUUCCUAUCAACAUGACUGGGACUUUUCAGAAGCACAAGAAGCUGAUUCACCUGCUACAGCCAUAAAAGACCAAAGAGCUGUAGCAUGGGGCUUAAGAAGACUUCUCAACUGGAUCAAAGAGGAGUAUGAGGAUCCAGAGAUUUUCAUCACAGAGAAUGGUGUGGCUACAGAGGCAAAAACAACUUGGGAUGACAAUGCCAGAAUAUUUUUUUACAAGACCUAUAUUGAUGAGGCAAUCAAAGCCUAUGAACUUGAUGGUGUGAAGGUGAAAGGAUACACAGCAACAUCACUCAUGGAUUCCUUUGAGUGGUUAAAUGGCUACAGAGUUGGAUUUGGUCUUCACCAUGUGGACUUCAACAACCCAAACCGCCCAAGAACACCAAAGUAUUCAGCUCAUUUCUACCACCAAGUUAUUAAGGACAGUGGUUUCCCCACCCCAGAUGAUGAGACGAUGCUUUAUGGGCAUUUCCAAAAUGACUUUAUUUGGAGCAGUGCAACAGCAUCAUACCAGAUUGAAGGGGGAUGGAGAGCAGAUGGCAAAGGUCUCAGUAUCUGGGAUAAAUUUGCUCACACUCCUCUCAAAGUUUUCCUUGAUGACAAUGGAGACAUAGCCUGUGACAGUUACAAUAAAGUAGAAGAAGAUGUUACUAUCUUAAAGCAACUGAAAGUGAACCAUUAUCGUUUCUCCAUAUCCUGGCCAAGGGUGCUUCCUGAUGGCACAACCAAAUUUAUUAAUGAAGCUGGGCUUAACUACUAUCACAGACUGGUUGAUGCACUGCUUGCUGCAAACAUCCAACCACAAGUCACUCUGUACCACUGGGACCUUCCACAAGCUCUGCAGCGUGUUGGUGGCUGGGAAAAUGAGACUACUGUUGACAAAUUCAAGGAUUAUGCUGAUCUCAUCUUUAGCCGUCUUGGCCACAAAGUCAAACUUUGGAUCACCAUCAACGAACCUUACAACGUUGCAAUGGUGGGCCAUGGCUAUGGAGUAGCUGCCCCAGGGAUUAGUUUCCGGCCAGGCACUCUUCCCUACAUUGUUGGUCACCACCUUAUUAAAGCGCAUGCUGAGGCCUGGCAUCUCUACAAUGACAAGUACCGCGCCCAACAGAAAGGAAGGAUCUCCAUUACUAUCAACUCUGACUGGGCUGAACCCAGAAACCCACACAAGCAGGAAGACAUUGAUGCUGCAAGACGUCUGGUGCAGUUCUACAUUGGCUGGUUUGCCCAUCCCAUAUAUAAUGGCGACUACAAUGAUGUGAUGAAGACAGUCAUUCGAGAGCGCAGUCUAGCUGCUGGUUUGCCCAAAUCCAGGCUGCCUGAGUUUACUCCAGAGGAGAUUAAGAGAAUAAAGGGGACCUAUGAUUAUUUUGGGUUCAACCAUUACACAACUGUCCUGGCAUUUCCUACAGAUUUUGGAAACCUUCAGCAUUAUGAUGCAGACAAGGGUACGGGCACAGUUGUUGAUCGCACUUGGCUGGAUUCGGGCUCUGCCUGGCUGAAAAUCACACCUUUUGGAUUCCGCAAAAUACUGAAGUUCAUUAAGGAAGAGUAUGGAAAUCCUCCAAUCAUCGUCACUGAGAAUGGUGUCUCAGAGCGGGGUCCUGUUGAUCUAAAUGAUGCACACAGGAGUUACUAUUACGAAAAAUACAUCAAUCAACUGCUGAAAGCUUACUUGCUAGAUGAUGUGAACAUCCUUGGCUACACAGCCUGGUCACUGAUGGACAACCUGGAGUGGGCCACUGGCUUUUCAGAGAGAUUUGGCCUUUUUUACGUCAAUCGCUCGGAUCCAAAAUUGCCUCGAGUGGCCAAGAAGUCAGUGUCUUUCUACUCCACCAUCAUCAACUGCAAUGGAUUCCCCGAUCCUGCAUUGGGGCCCAAUGACUGCUUGAACCCUGAACCUGAAGGAACAAGUGCACCAGUCACAGUCAACCAUGUGAGGUUCCUUGGUAUGAAACUUUCUGCUAGUGAUGCUGAGACUGGCCUCAACACCACAUUUGCUCUGCUGAUUGUUGCUGCUUUUGGGACAAUAUGUUUAUCUGUUUGGUUCGUUGCAAGGAAGAGAAAUUCUAGGAAACAUAAGCGUAUUGAUUCGGUUAAGAUGGAGAGUAAAUUCUAACUGCAAAUUCACUGAGGUGUGCUACAAAUCUUUAGCAUUAUCAUAAAUAUCUGACUGCAGUUUUUAUAAGUGUACAUUUUACACAAAACAUCAUCCUACACAGAGAUU